AGGUCCGGGUCCUUUCGACUCGGCUCUACAGCGCCGCGGAUGCCAGCCGCUGCAAGACUGUAAGGCCCGGCCAGCGCCAUGGUACAACGCUUCUCGUCCCUGCCCCUGCGGCAGCUGCAAUGUCACAAGGAAGCCACCCGGCGGAAGUACCUACUGGCGAGCGUCUGCGUGGCGAUCGGCAGCUUCCUCGUGUCCGAGGUCUCGGCCCAUGGGCGGCUCAUCGAGCCACCGUCCCGGGCCUCGAUGUGGAGGUACGGCUUCGACACGCCGCACGACUACAACGACCAUGAAUCCUACUGCGGUGGCUUUUCACGCCAAUGGCAGCGGAACGAUGGCAAGUGCGGCAUCUGCGGCGACGCCUGGGACUUGAAAACGCCACGAGCACACGAAGCGGGCGGCACGUACGGAAACGGCGUGAUAGUGCGCCGGUACAAGACUGGCUCGGUGAUACCGGUGCGGAUCGAGCUGACCGCCAAUCACCACGGCUACUUUGAGUUCCGCACCUGUCCCAUGACCUACCACAACCAGGAGGUCACCCAAGACUGCCUGGACAAGCACGUGCUCAUUGGGGAAAAUGGCACCGCUCGCUACUAUCCAGGCGAGGGCAACCGAAUCUUCGAGGCCUACUACAAGCUGCCGGAUGCCCUAACUUGCAGCCAGUGCGUCUUUCAGUGGCGCUAUGUGGCUGGAAACAAUUGGGGAGACUGUGGCAACGGAAUCGGCGCAGUGGGCUGCGGACCCCAGGAGGAGUUCCGAGCUUGUGCGGACAUAGCCAUAGGUGACGAGGAAGCGACCCUGCCGCCACGGCCCCGACCGACGAAGAGACCAACGAGGCCAACGACACCGAGAAGCCCGAGUUCGCCCACAUCCACGGAGUCGAGCGAUCACGCGCCCGAAAUCAGCACGCCCUUCUGGAUGUACCACGUCAUCAUCGCCGGUACGUGUCUCCUGGUUGUCAUGGCAGUCAUGGCAUUGCUUUACGCGUAUUACUACCACGCCGGCCGAGCCAAGCAGUGGCUCAUGGCGAGCAGGUUGUUGGCGAGACGCUCCGAGCAACAACAGCAUGAGACGGUGCCGCCUGUCGCUCCACCCCGACACAAGAAACAGCAGAUGCAGAUCUAGUUGCGAGCUGCGGUUGUUCAGGAACGAUUUCUGGGAUAAAGACUGACGACCGCAGGUUGUCCGUACACUUGUUGUGCUGUCCUAUACGAGUGAAGCGAUGAUUCAUUAGAUGGCAGAGAGCAAGUUAUGCUUGUUAUGAUUGGAAUUUUUUUUUUUUUUUUUUUUUUAAUAGUAAUUUUGGUUGCUAAAGUCAAGGAAAUUUGUGGAAUUACUUGUAGCAAUUCGUAUCGACCUAUACAUGUAUAUAUACGUAUAAACAUAUUUUUGCGAUGGAUAUUAUUAUUACUAUUAUUAAAAACGUAU